AUGUUUGAGCAAUCCGCCAACCAACAGUUGAUGCAAAAAUUAACAUUAUAUUGUAUGUACAUAGAACAUAAUGACCGUUGGAUUCCGGCAGUCGUGUUGACUGAAGAAUAUGCCGUAACUGCUUUCCACAAUAUUCCGGAUAGAUUUCGAGAAUUAGGUCUAUCCGUAACACUUUGUGAUGCCAUUGGACAACAUCACGAGGUUCACAUCCACGGAGUACAUAGCAUAUCCAACUAUGUGGUUUUUAAAAGAAAUACUGGAAAUUUCGUUAAUGUACCAGAUAUUGUGUACCCAAUGCUUCUCGAUCAGUAUAUAGUUAUGGGGUUUUCUUUUGUUGAUAAGACUCCAUCAGUCAAAACCGGCCACAUAUCCUCAAUGUCAACUGGGCGUCAACAAUUUUUCUAUGGAGAUGCAGGAAGACUUUCAGGAAGCGGUGGCGGCGUGUUUUACAGACGAAAUGGGGCUCUUAUAGGGAUCGCAAAAGAAAUGAUAUCAGCUCAAGUCAUUUAUGGUCACAUUGAAGUUCGGGACUACAAGCCAUUCUCUGUUUGA